UAUAAAAAAGGUGUGCAUACUCAGGUUGUCUGACUCUGCUUUCGAGAAGGACGACAUCGCUGUUGCUGCUGAUGGAUGGUAAAUGAGAGCGCCGGUGCUCUUUGUGCAACGUGAAUAGUGCUGCAGGUCCAAACAGCACAUUGAAAUACCGCAACAUCUCAAAUCGAGACAACUAUGUUCCUCUCCUUGGAAUCAGUGCUGUUGGCCGCAGCGCUGGCUUGCGUCUGGGCUCAAGAUUUGCAUGAUGACAGAAGAGCCAAAUCUCGGACCAAAACAAUGGCUGCGAAUAUUUAUGAUGGGCAAGCCAUCAUCGAUGAGGACUGUAGCUUGGAGCUCGCCUUUCUCUUGGAUAGCUCCGAGAGUGCCAAAGACAACCACGAGCAGGAGAAGCAGUUUACGAUGAACUUGGUGGAUCGACUCAAAGGCUUGAAACUGGCGACAGGGCGCAGCUUGAGUCUGAGGGUGGCCCUGCUCCAGUACAGCAGUACAGUCAUCACAGAGCAACGAUUUAACGACUGGAGGGGCACGGAGAACUUCAAGAACCGCAUCGCUCCCAUCGUUUACAUCGGCCAUGGCACCUACACCACCUACGCCAUCACCAACAUGACCAAGAUCUACCAAGAGGAGUCCAGCCCGGGCAGCAUUAAAGUAGCUGUGCUCCUCACCGAUGGCUCCUCGCACCCGAGGAACCCGGAUAUUUUCUCUGCAGUUGCUGAGGUCAAGAACCAGGGGGUCAAGUUCUUCACUCUGGGCAUUACCAGGACGGCCAACGAGCCCUCCAACGUGGCUCAGCUCCGCCUCCUCGCCAGCUCUCCCACUUCCGACUUCCUCCACAAUUUGCAGGACAAAGACAUUGUUGAAAAAAUGGCUACAAAGAUUACUGACCUCGCUGAUGAAGGAUGCCCUCUGGCUCAGAACUGUGCCUGCGAGAAAGGCGAGAGGGGCCUCAGUGGGCCUGCGGGAAAGAAAGGUCGUCCAGGAGAAGAUGGAGCCCCCGGGCUAAAAGGACAAAAGGGUGAAGCUGGAAUAAGUGGUAUACCCGGGCGAGAUGGCGCUGAGGGAAAAUUGGGUUACAAAGGAGAACAGGGAGAACGGGGAGAGUGCGGCACUCCGGGAAUCAAAGGAGACAGGGGUCCUGAGGGUUUGAUUGGUGGAAGAGGACUUAGAGGACUGCAGGGGCUACCGGGACCACAUGGAGACAUUGGGCCAGAGGGCCCGCAGGGAAAGCAGGGGGAACGUGGACCACCCGGCCCUCCAGGUAUUCAGGGAGAAACUGGCAUUGGGAUGCCUGGACCAAAAGGUGACAUGGGAUUCCAGGGACGCCCAGGUCCUCCUGGUCCUGCAGGCAUUGGUGCACAUGGUCCACCAGGACCUCAAGGGCCACAAGGUGUUCAAGGGGAAAAGGGACCGACUGGUGAGGGCCUUCCUGGCCCAAAGGGGGAUCGAGGGCUCCCGGGACCGAGGGGAUCAAGAGGACAACAGGGUGCGGGAAUUAAAGGAGAACGGGGUGAACUGGGGCCUCCAGGUCCCCCAGGGCCCACUGGGCUGACAGGAGUGGGCAUACAGGGAGAAAAGGGAAUUGAGGGUCCAAGGGGUCCACCGGGUGUAAGAGGGCUUCCAGGAGAGGGUUUGCCUGGACCAAAGGGGGAUCAAGGCUUACCUGGAGAGCAGGGAUCGCCAGGAGAGAGAGGUAUUGGUGAAGCUGGUCCAAAGGGAGAACCCGGAUCUGCUGGCUUAGGUGGGUUGCCUGGUCUUCCAGGAGAGGACGGGGCACCGGGGCAGAAGGGGGAGCCUGGGUUGCCCGGUUCAAGAGGUUCUGAGGGACUUCCGGGUAUUGGCACUCAAGGAGAGAAGGGGGACCAGGGUUUGAGGGGCAUCCGUGGCUUACAUGGACCUCCUGGAAUCUCAGGACCCUCUGGUCCAAAGGGUGAACGUGGGGUACCAGGACACCAAGGCAUUCCGGGGCAGCCGGGACGAUCCAUAACUGGUCCAAAGGGGGAUCUAGGUCCUACUGGUCCCCCUGGACCGAUUGGGGAAACAGGCCUUGGACUUCCAGGUCCAAAGGGAGAUCGAGGUAAUACCGGUCCACAUGGUCCACCCGGUCCAAAAGGCGAAGGCGGUCCAGGACCUUUGGGCCCCCCAGGAUUUCCAGGUUUACCAGGAGAGCCGGGCCCAGAAGGAAUAGGAAUUCCCGGACCAAAGGGUGACAUUGGCUUUCGAGGAUUGCCAGGUUUGCCCGGCCCACCUGGAGAAGGAAUACAAGGACCUCCAGGUAAUGUUGGCAGGGCAGGACCUCCUGGUCCAAAUGGAGCACCAGGAGAGGGUAUUCAAGGACCAAAGGGGGACCCCGGAUCCCAAGGUAUGACUGGGCCAAGAGGACCGAGAGGAGAUGGUUUUCCUGGAGCUAAAGGUGACCGUGGGUCGCAGGGUGAGAGGGGAAUGAAAGGUGCCAAGGGAGAUUUGGGAGAUCCAGGACUUCCUGGUGAAGCAGGAAAAACAGGAACAAAAGGAGACGCGGGCCUUACAAGAGAGGACAUUAUUAAGCUGAUUAAAGAAAUUUGUGGAUGCGGCGUCAAGUGCAAAGAAAGGCCGAUGGAACUCGUCUUUGUGAUCGACAGCUCCGAGAGCGUCGGUCCCGACAACUUUGAAAUCAUCAAAGAUUUUGUCACCAGGCUGGUGGACCGGACCACCGUGGGACGCAAUGCCACGAGAAUCGGCCUUGUCCUCUACAGCCUGGAUGUCCAUUUGGAGUUCAACUUGGUCCGCUACAUGAACAAACAAGAUGUGAAGCAGGCCAUUCGAAAGAUGCCUUACAUGGGCGAGGGCACCUACACUGGCACCGCCAUCAGAAAGGCCACCCAGGAGGCUUUCUACAGCGCCCGGCCCGGUGUCAGGAAGGUCGCCAUCGUCAUCACUGAUGGUCAGGCGGACAAGCGAGAGCCUGUUAAACUCGAUAUCGCCGUGAGGGAGGCGCAUGCUGCAAAUAUCGAGAUGUAUGCUCUGGGCAUCGUCAAUUCUUCGGACCCGACGCAGGCGGAGUUCCUGAGAGAACUCAACCUCAUUGCCUCUGACCCUGAUAGCGAACACAUGUACCUUAUUGAUGACUUCAACACUCUGCCAGCACUAGAGUCUAAAGUCAUCAGCCAGUUCUGUGAGGAUGAAAACGGUGCCGUGAUCUACAAUCGCAUCGCAAACGGGCACUGGAACGGCAACAACGGAGUGGGCAUUCAUGGAAAUAACGGAUACGGCCAGCAUUCUAAUGGAUUCAACGGUGGCUAUGGAACAACCAAGAAUGAGGUAAACGGGAACGGUUACCAAGAGGAAGUCACAAAUGUGAGGCGUGCCAACAGCCACGGCCGUGGAGACACUUUCACGCUGCCCAUCAGUGCUGAUCCACUUCCUAUUCAGGUUGAAGAAGACGAGGACGGUGAAGAUUUAGACUUGAGGGCCCACGUGAGGGCCAGUGGCAGCGUGGUUGUAGUGAACAAAACAGCAAGUUUGUCACGUGUGAAGGAAAGCGCUGUCUCCAAAGAAGCAGUCUUAUCAUCAAAAUCUUCGUCCUCCUCCUCCUCAUCAACCUCCACUGCAGGAUCUUCAUCCUCAAACUCGAAUCAGCUGCAGCCGGUGGUGAGUCCGGUCCUGCCGGAAGAAUUUCCACUUCGCGAUCCCCGCUGUAACCUCGGCUUGGACCAAGGCACCUGCAGAGCGUACAACAUCCGCUGGUAUUAUGAUAAACAGGCUAAUUCUUGCGCACAGUUCUGGUACGGAGGCUGCGCUGGGAAUGACAAUCGAUUUGAAACCGAAGAUGAAUGCAGGAAAACUUGUGUUAUAUUAAAGACAGGUAUUCGAGUUUUUUAACAUCAUGUAGAUUUGCUAAACAAUUUAUGUUCCUUGACUAAUUAAUUGUUGUAGUGUGUUAAUUCCAGCAUGAUAAAAGAGAAGGGAGAAAAGUACACAUUUUACAAUACAAUCUAUCUGUGGUGACUUUUUUUUUUGCAUCAAAGUAAUGUGGCGAGAUCACUGAUUAAACCCAAAAAU